AGUCUCUGCCUCUCCCGGUCGGGGAGGGUGAGUCACGCCAAACUGGGCGGAGAGUCGGCUGGCCUCUCUCCUUCGCUGGUCUGGGCGGCGGCAGCGGCGGCAACUGGGGACGGGGCGGGUGGCGCAUCGCGGGCGCGGAGGCAGGAGGAGCAGUCUCAUUGUUCCGGGAGCCGUCGCCACUGCAGGUCUCUCGACUAGGUCCCUGUUAGUCUCCCCCCAACCCCCACAACAGCCUGCGACUCCGAGGAUAAGGAGCCCCGGCUGCGGCAGCAGCUACAGCAUCAUUUCCAAUCCGCCAGCCAUGGAAGACCUGGACCAGUCGCCUCUGGUCUCCUCGUCCUCGGACAAUCCGCCCCGGCCGCAGCCCCAGUUCAAGUACCAGUUCGUGAGGGAGCCGGAGGAGGAAGAGGAAGAGGAAGAUGACGAAGAUGAAGACGAAGAUGAGGAUCUGGAGGAGCUAGAGGUUCUAGAAAGAAAACCCGCCGGGCUGUCGGCGGCUCCAGUGCCCGCCGCCCCCGCUGCCAGCGCGCCCCUCCUGGACUUCGGAAAUGACUUCGUGCCCCCAGCGCCCCGGGGGCCUCUGCCGGCUUCGCCCGCUGCCGCCCUGGAGCGGCAGUCCUGGGAUCCGAGCCCCGCGUCGUCGACGGUGCUCAAGCCGUCCCUGCCCUCUGCUGCCGCAACCUCACCCUCCACACUGCCUGAGGACGACGAGCCCCCGGCCCGGCCUCCUCCUCCUCCCCCGGCCGCAGUGAGCCCCCAGGCUGAGCCCGCGUGGACCCCGUCCGUCCCGGCCCCCGCCGCGCCCCCCUCCACCCCUGCCGCGCCCAAGCGCAGGGGCUCCUCAGGCUCUGUGGAUGAGACACUUUUUGCUCUUCCUGCUGCAUCUGAGCCUGUGAUGCACUCCUCUGCAGAAAAAAUUAUGGACUUGAAGGAGCAGCCAGGUAACACUGUUUCGGCUGGCCAAGAGGAUUUCCCAUCUGUCCUGCUUGAAACUGCUACUUCUCUUCCUUCUCUAUCUCCUCUCUCAGCUGCUUCUUUUAAAGAACAUGAAUAUCUUGGUAAUUUGUCAGCGGUAUUACCCACCAAAGGAACACUGCAAGAACUUUCAAAUGAAACUUCUAACGAGUUCGUAGAGAAGGCACAAAAUCCAUUUGUAGAUAGAGAUUUAACACAGUUUUCAGAAUUGGAAUACUCACAGAUGGGAUCAUCAUUCAGUGGCUCUCCUGGAACAGAAUCUGCCACCAUAGUAGCAAACCCUCCAGAAGAUAUCAUUGUGAAGAAUAAAGAUGAACAGGAUUUAGUUAGUAAUAACAUUCUUCAUAAUCAGCUACCUGUAGCUGUCACUGAAUCGAUUAAAGAGGACAAAGUUAUGUCUCCAGAAAAAACAAAGGAUAGUAAUGAAAAAGGAUUUGCAGUAGUUUUGAAAGAAACUCCUGUAAGGGAGGAAUAUGCAGACUUCAAACCAUUUGAGCGAGUGUGGGAAAUAAAAGAUACUUACAAUGAAGAUAGUGGUUUGGUAGCUAUGGAAGAUAAAAUAGAGAGCAAAUUGGAAAGUAAAGUAAUUGAGAAAUGUUUUGCAGAUAGCCUUGAGCAAACAAAAAAUGAGAAAGAUAGUGAAAGCAGUAACGAUGAUGCUUCUUUUCCCAGUACACCAGAAGCUAUAAAAGGUGGGUCUGAAGCAUACAUCACAUGUGCUCCUUUUAACCCAGCAGCAACCAAGAGCAUUGCAACAACAAGUGUUUUUCCUUUGUUGGAAGAUCAUACUUUAGAAAAUAAGACUGAUGAAAAAAAAAUAGAAGAAAAAAAGGCCCAAAUUGUGACAACAAUUGAGAAGAACACUAACAUCAAAACAUCAAAUCCUUUCCUUGUAGCAACACAGGAUUCUAAGAUGGAUUAUGUCACAACGGACAGUCUGACAAAGGUGACUGAGGAAGUAGUGGCAAAUAUGCCUGAAGGUCUAACCCCAGAUUUAGUACAGGAAGCAUGUGAAAGUGAACUGAAUGAAGCUACAGGUACAAAGUUGGCUUAUGAAACAAAAAUGGACUUGGUUCAAACAUCAGAAGCUUUGCAGGAAUCAUUGUAUUCUGUAACACAGCUUUGCCCAUCAUUUGAAGAAUCUGAAGCUACUCCUUCUCCGGUUUUGCCUGACAUUGUUAUGGAGGCACCAUUAAAUUCUGUUGUUCCUGGUACCAGUACUUCUUCAGUUCAGCCCAGUUCAUCACCAUUAGAAGCUCCUCAGUCAGUUAAUUAUGAAAAUAUAAAAUCUGAGGCUGAAAAUCCCCCACCAUAUGAGGAGGCCAUGAAUGUAUUACUAAAAAAGGUACCUGGAAUAAAGGAAGACAUAAAAGAGCCUGAAAGUACCAAGGCAACUGUUCAAGAAACAGAAGCUCCUUAUAUAUCUAUUGCGUGUGAUUUAAUUAAGGGGACAAAGCUUUCUACUGAACCAACUCCUGAUUUCCCUAAUCAUUCAGAAAUAGCAAAAAUUGCUCAACCAGUGUCUGAUCAUUCUGACCUAGCUGAAGAUUCCUCUCCUGAUUCUGAGCCUGUUGACUUAUUUAGUGAUGAUUCAAUCCCUGAAGUUCCUGAAAAACAAGAUGAAGCUGUGGUGCUUGUACAAGAAAAUCUCACUGAAACAUCAUCUGAAUCAAUGAAAGAACAUGAAAAUAAGGAAGAACUCAGUGCUUUACCAACUGAGGGUGGAAAGCCAUAUUUAGAAUCUUUUCAGCCCAAUUUAGACACGACAGAAGCUACAUUACCACUUGAUGAAGUUUCAGCAUUGACCAAAAAGGAGAAAAUUCCUUUGCAGAUGGAGGAACUCAAUACUACAGUUUAUUCAAGUGAUGACUUACUCAUUUCUAAGGAGGCACAAGUAAAAGAAAGUGAAACAUUUUCAGAUUCGUCUCCAAUUGAGAUCAUAGAUGAGUUCCCUACAUUUGUCACUUCUAAAACUGAUUUCUCUCCUCAAUUGACAAGAGAAUACCCUGACCUAGAAAGAUCCUACAAACAUGAAAUUGCUAAUGUCCAGGAUGGAGCUGGGUCAUUGCCUUGCUCAGAAUUACCCCAUGACCUUUCUCUUAAGAGUAUACAACCUAAAAGUGAAGAUAAAAUCCAUGAGUCAGAUGAAUUCUCCAAAGAUAGGUCCGAUCUGUCAAAGGUGCCCUUCAUGCCUCCAGAUGUUUCUGCUUUGACCACCCAACCAGAGAUAGGCAGUGUAGUCAAACCCAAAGUUCUUGUGAAAGAAGCUGAGAAAAAACUUCCUUCUGAUACAGGAAAAGAGAACCGGUCACCAUCUGCUAUCUUUUCAGCAGAGCUGAGUAAAACUUCAGUUAUUGACCUCCUCUACUGGAGAGACAUUAAGAAGACUGGAGUGGUGUUUGGUGCCAGCUUAUUCCUGCUGCUUUCCUUGACAGUGUUCAGCAUUGUGAGUGUAACGGCCUACAUUGCCUUGGCCCUGCUCUCUGUGACUAUCAGCUUUAGGAUAUAUAAGGGUGUGAUCCAGGCUAUCCAGAAAUCAGAUGAAGGCCACCCAUUCAGGGCAUAUCUGGAAUCUGAAGUGGCUAUAUCUGAGGAGUUGGUUCAGAAAUACAGUAAUUCUGCCCUGGGCCAUGUGAACUGCACGAUAAAAGAACUCAGACGCCUCUUCUUAGUUGAUGAUUUAGUUGACUCCCUGAAGUUUGCGGUGUUGAUGUGGGUCUUCACCUAUGUGGGUGCCUUGUUCAAUGGUCUGACACUACUGAUUUUGGCCUUGAUUUCACUCUUCAGCGUUCCUGUUAUUUAUGAACGGCAUCAGGCUCAGAUAGAUCAUUAUCUAGGACUUGCGAACAAGAGUGUUAAGGAUGCUAUGGCUAAAAUCCAAGCGAAAAUCCCUGGAUUAAAGCGUAAAACUGAAUGAAAAAGUCCAAACUAAUUAACAAUGGGAAUUCAUCUUUAAAGGGGGUAUUCAUUCGAUCACGUGGGGGAGGGCCAGGGAAGAAUGCAGCCUUGACAUUGCAGUGCAGUUUCACAGAUCUUUAUUUUUAGCAAUGCAGUGUUUGAGGAAAAAUUACCUGUCUUGACUGCCCUGUGUUCAUCAUCUUAAGUAUUGUAAGCUGCUCUGUAUGGAUUUAAACCGUGAUUAUAUUUGUUUUUUCUGUGUGAGGCACUGGUGAGAGAUCUGAGGAAGCUGUAUAGUACACUUUGUCACAGGUAGUCUUGCUGUAUUUUGGGAAGUUGCAGAGAAAGUGGAGCUGAAAACAAUAACCCUUUUCACAGUUUGUGCACUGUGUAUGGUCUGUGUAGAUUGAUGCAGAUUUUCUGAAAUGAAAUGUUUAGACGAGAUCAUACCACUAAAGCAGGAAUGAAAAAGCUUGCCUUUCUGGUAUGUUCUAGGUGUAUUGUGAAUUAUACUGUUACAUUAAUUGCCAAUAUAAGUAAAUAUAGAUUAUAUAUAUAUCUAUAUAUAGUGUUUCACAAAGCUUAGCCCUUUACCUCCCAGCUGCCCCACAGUGCUUGAUAUUUCAGAGUCGUUGGUUAUAUGUGUUUAGUUCCAAAGCACAUAAGCUAGAACAAGAAAAUACAUUUCUAGGAGCACUGCCGUCUGUUUCGGUAUGAAACAAGGCCAUGCACAUAGGACUCCUCAGCCUAAACAUCAUCGCACAAACUUCCUGUAGUUAAUUUUGUCACAAACUCUGAAUAUAUGGACUGAAUUUAAUGCUUCCAAAAACUUUGUUUGCAAAUAUCAAAUGUUGUUAUGCAAGAAAUUAUAAAUUGAAGAUUUAUACAAUUGUGGUUUAAGCUGUACUGAACUAAAUCUGUGGAAUGCAUUGUGAAUUGUAAAAGCGAAGCAUCAAUAAAGCUUAUAGACUUAA